UCAUCCCUUUCGAAGCAUUAGACAGGGGAAAUGCUUCGAUUUCUUUUCUUUUUGGCAGUUUUGGGAGGUGUCCAAUCAGCGGUCCAGCUGGUGGAGUCUGGAGGAGAUGCCAAAAGGCCUGGGGAGUCCCUCCGUCUCUCCUGUCGAGCCUCCGGGUUCACCUUCAGCAGCUACUGGAUGAGCUGGGUGCGGCAGGCUCCCGGGAAAGGCCUGGAAUGGCUGGGAGAAAUAAAUGCAGCUUCAUCUGCCAUCAACUACUUGAACAAAGUGAAGGGACGAUUCACCAUCUCCAGGGACAAUUCAAACAGCCUCCUCUAUCUGCUAAUGAACAACCUGGAAACCGAAGACACGGCUGUGUAUUACUGUGCAAGAGUCACAGUGAAAGGAAGUGAAUCUGAAGCCUGGCAAAAACCUUCUAUUUAUGCAAAGCCAAGAGGCAUUUUCACCUCCUACUUAAACCCUCAAACUCCCUCACCUCAAUUCAGGCUUCCUGUAAUGGCACCCAGAGUUCCUCUCAGACCCAUCUCACCUCACCUCACCACCAUGCCUUCUUCAUUAUUGAUGUUGCUUGCACUGGCCGCCUCCUCUUCAAGUGUGCUCUCACAGGUGGUUCUGACCCAGUCAUCGGAUCCAGUCUUGGAAAAACCUGGAGAAUCCCAUAAACUGAGCUGUGCCACUGCCGGAUUUGACAUUAACAGCUACUGGAUGGGCUGGAUCAGGCAGAAACCUGGCAAAGGACUGGAAUGGCUCGUUUGGUAUCUUAAUUCUGGGAGCAACUAUUACUCAUCUGAAAUUCAAGGGAGAUUCACAGCAUCGAAGAGUGGCUCCAACUUCUACCUGCAAAUGAAUAAUCUGAAAGGAGACGACACAGCUGUGUAUUACUGUGCAAGAGACACAACAGAUUAA